CGCAAAGUCGGAUACUUCACAGCCUGGUCGAUUUAUGACCGUAAAUACACGCCCCUAGAUGUCCCCGUCGAGCGACUGACGCACGUCAACUACGCCUUCGCCAACCUAACAAACAACCGCAUUGCAUUGGGCGACCCCUGGGCGGACACCGAUAAGCCCUACGACGAUGGAGUCAAGGGGAGUAUUGGUUUGUUCAAUAGCGCCAGAAUGCGGCGGCGCAAUCCGAACCUGCGGCUGAUGAUAUCCGUGGGCGGGUGGACGUGGUCCGGUGGGUUCUCAAUGAUGGCUGCGGAUGCAGAUGGGAGGGCGGAGUUUGUGCGGUCAGUGGGGGAGUUUCUGACCGUGCAUGGGUUUGACGGUGUUGAUGUGGACUGGGAGCAUCCCGUGGAGGGCGGCUUGGAUGGGAAUCCAAGGUCGCCGGAUGAUGCGCGCAAUUACUUGCUAUUGCUGAGGGAGCUGCGCCAACACCUGGAUGAGCGUGCCAGUGGUAGUGCGCCGCGGUUCGGCCGCUAUGAGAUCAGCAUUGCGACAUCAGCGGCCCCUACAGUCUAUCGCCACUUGGACCUGGCGGCUAUCGCCGAGGUUGUUGACCAUAUUAAUAUUAUGGCGUAUGAUUUUGCCGGACCCUGGUCAUCGACCACCGCGCAUCAGCAGAAUUUGUUUGCCGCCAUGCCUAAUUCCUCUGGGCUUUCUGCCCACGACACCGUGUCUGAUUAUAUUGCCCGGGGCGUGCCGCCACACAGGAUUGUGCUGGGCGUUGGGUUUUACGCUCGUGGAUUCAGCAAUGUGGACCCGGGGCAGUCGCCCGAUGGGGGGCCGGCACUACUUCCGGGGCUCGGAUGUCCCUUUGUGGGCGUCCCUGAUGGCACUUGGGAGCCCGGAUCCUUUGAUUACAAGGCCCUGAAGGGCGCGCAGUUGUUGCCUGGAUCUGGGUACGCUAGUUAUUGGGAUGAUCAGGCGAAGGCUCCGAUCCUGUAUAGCGAAAGUGAGCGCGUUUUGAUUUCGUAUGAGGAUGCUGUGGCAGUGAGCUGGAAGGCGGAUUAUGUGUUGAGACGAGCGCUUGGCGGGAUCAUGAUCUGGGAGCUGUCGCAGGAC